ACAUCUGGUUUGUGUUUGAUUGUAAGUGUCUUCUGCUUAUGUCAAUUGAGAUUGAGAGUAUAUGCUUUUUUUAUUAAUUGAUUACUAUGUGUUUUAACUGUAUCCCAUGAAACCUUCUAUUCAAAUAACUGGAAAACCAGUACUGUUCCGCAAUAAGGGAUACUGAAAGAAAGAUGAGCAAGUCGUGGGAAUGGAGCUGCAAGAUCCAAUCUCCGCAGAACAAGUCUCUCAUGCAUCAGGAAGAGGUCAUUGAACACCCUCUUAGGCCUGGUGUUGUAGUGGUGAGUGAGGGUGGGAGGGGAGGCAGCAAGAAGGCAGGGAGCUCGUCUACCCCCACUCCAACCCCUCCAGUGGAUCCGCUCACUGUCGCUCUUGAUGGCUCGGACCCCUUGAGUCAGUUCCUCAAUCAAGAUCCACUCUCGGCCAUCGCGGCUGAAACGUGGAAUAAGAAAUGGGAGAAGGAGGACCAUCAAAAUCUAGGAAAAAAGAUGGAGAGUCCCAGUGAAAUUGAGUCUUGGUCAGUGAGGAAGUCGGCCAUACUCAGCAAAUUCUCAGCAACUUCGGUUAAAAUGUCAAUGGUUGGAAGUUUCAUCACGGGUGGUGAAGAAGUGGCGGUGAAGUCAUACAGGUCGACGACCAAGACUAGACUGGAGCAGCUGGACGACUACGAGGAAGGGUCAGUGCGGGGAGUGUGGGGUCUGACGCCACAGCAGUACACGGGGCAGAUAGAGCAGCUCAGUCAAGGGCUGGUGCAGGCAUGGAAUGAAGACCAAAGGGUGAAAGCACUCAAGAUCGCCAUACAGUGCUCCAAACUUCUGGUGGAUAUCUCUGGCGUACAGUUCUACCCGAGCAAGUUUGUCCUCAUCACAGACAUCCUGGACACAUUUGGUCAGUUGGUGUACGACAGGCUGGUAGUCAAAUCAGAUAACACAGUUCGCCUAGGUUCUAGGAGCGCGUCACUGCCUGAGAACUUCGGGCCGGAGAUGGUACCAGAAUCUGCCAAGGAGACUUGUCGUAACUGGUUCUACAAGAUAGCUUCCAUCAGGGAACUGGUACCUCGUUUGUAUGUGGAGGCAGCCAUCUUGAACUGUUACAGCUUCCUCAAUAAGGGAGAGCUGACACAGGCCCUAAAGAGGCUGACUUUGAUGGUGAGAGGGAUCGGGAACCCGCUGGUGGCUGUGUAUGCACGAUGCUAUCUCUGCCGUGUCGCCAUGAGUGUUUCCACAAUUGACAGAACUCUGCUCAAGGAGAAUUUCUACGAUUGUUUGAUCUGCUUCAAGCAGAUUUACUCAUGGGGAACGACAGAGGAGUUGGCAGAUGUGGACUUGGCCACAUAUGUGUCUGUGUAUGCACCUGCUCUAGACUGGAUCCUGCAGUCCUUGGCCCAGAAUGCCCCGGAUAGUCUGCUGAAGGAGAUACUAGACAAGUACACAAAGGAAGCUGGGGACAGUGGCCUCGUACUUAACUCUAUAAUGUCUGCCUUCAAACCAGAGUUUAUCGCUGCCCAUGCUAGUUAUUUCCUGGGACUCAUGGCUGACUGCAAUGUUAAAGCAUUCCCAAAGCACCUGUUAUACCGGACACUGGGCUUGUGUCUGUCUACGAGUGAGCCAACAAGUCCACAGGAUGUGUGGACGCGUGUGUGGCGCUACUUGGGCUCUCUGGAGGACACACAGCAGUAUGUAGCAUGUGCGGAGGUGUGGCUGCCGUUUGUAGCACAGCACUUUACAAGCAGAGAAGUCGAUGUGUUCCUACAGGACAUCAUCCAGCAUCUGACACCAGAGAGGAAGUACGAACAGUUCUACCCCCAGUUGCAGACCAUGGCUGGCAAACUCCUCAGUCUCACCCCGGAUCUGGGAUCACUCUUUGUUAUGGACAAGUUCAUGCCAUUCCUGGACAUGAUCCGCAACGACAGUGUGAAGGUGGCGGUGUGCAAGAACAUCAUGGGAGAGUUCGCCAGCAAAAUGGGGCCCAUCAAUGACCCUGUGGUCACUGACGCGUUGGUGUCCAUCUGCCAAGUGAUGCAUGACUCCGUCAAUGCUCUGACCGUAGAGGACGAGAAGAGGCAGAUCAGUCAGCUGAUUGCUCAGCUUGUGUUGAAAGUUGAUCAUGGAAGGGACUUUGAACAGCAGCUGACGUUUUACGUUGACAUGCGGGCAGCCUUCAGCAACCUGGACUAUGUUCAUGCCAUCUUGGUCCAGUGUGUAAACCGCCUAGCAAUGGAGACUGGCCGUGUGGUGAAGGGUCACCACACGCGAAAGACAGCAGGAUUUGUCCGAGCAUGCACAGCGUACUGCUACAUCACGAUCCCAUCCAUACAGUCUGUUACCACGCGGCUACAACUGUAUCUGCUUACCGCACAGGUAGCGCUCUCCAACCAGUGUCUCGGCCAAGUGGAUGCCUGUAUCAAGGAUGCACUCAGUCUGGUGCCGGAAGUGCCGACUCAGCUGGAAGUGGAGGGGAAGAUGAGAAGCUCUGAACAGUUCCUAGAAGGUUACCUCUGCCAGCUGCUGUCAACACUGUUGAUUGUGCCGGAUAGUCCUGAGCAAGGGGUGCUCUAUCUGACACGAGGACUGUUGAACGUGCUACAACACUACACCUGGGAUACAAGCAGUUGUGCGCGGGCACAUGUCUACCUGCGUGCACUUGACAUGUUGAGUGUGGCCGCGCAGGAACACUACCCCUACCACGUGCGGAAAGUGGAUUCCAAUGAUGUCCUAUACGGUUCAGACCCAAAGUUUUUGGUUGAAAUCAACAAGACAUGCUCUGUGAUUGUAGAGGAAGUGCUCAACCAACUCAAAGUUUUGGGAGCGGCCGAUUUGUAUAAGCAACAGGCUGCGCUGGCUCUUGACCUGUUCACAACAGUGAUGAUGCGCGGCGACCUCAGCAGCCCUGGACUCGCAACACUCGCAGUCAACUUAUGGAAUUUGGCCAACAAGCAUAACCAGAUUGACUCCAAAAAACAAAAGCGGAUAGUGGAGUCUUUGAAGAGAAGGGGAAGACAGUCAGACAAAUUUUACUCUGAGGUCAUAACACUUCUUGAAUCUUAAGAAUCUGUGAAUUCUAGAUCAUUAAGUGUCUAACUUUAAACAGUUUAUUAAGUUAAAUUAGAAAAGGCAUUUACAGUAUUUUCCUGUUAAAGAAAGUAUAUUGUGGGCUCAAAGAACACUUUGUUUUUGGCUAGAACUCAAAGAAGAAUUUUCAUUCUGUCUAAUGUGAUACUUGUAUCAUUUUAAUAUUCAACUAUAUGUAAUACGUAUGUAUAAAUAAUAAUUAUUUUACUUUUAUUUAGUUUACUAAAAUGUCAUACAUUGUUAUAAGUCUUUAUAUCAAGUCUAAAUAGAAAACCUAUUCUAUUAAUCUUUUUUGUUUCGUACUUCAUUUUGAUGAAAUCUUGUAAGACUGGAGUAUUUGUUUAAUUUUAUAUACAUGAAAAUUACUCAUGUUAUUUGUGUGAAAUACAAGAACUAGAAUGUAACAGCAUUUAUACUUUAUAUGCAAGAAUAUUUUUGUACCUGUAUAGCAUGUUGAAUAUUGUUUUAUGUUUAUAGUUUGAAAGUUUUAUGUACAUAAUAUGCAAUUUUUUAAAAUAUAAAUAUAUUUACUUUAUUCA